UGGCGGCGGUGCGCGCGUGGCAGAUGGAGGCGGUGCUGGCGGAGGCGCUGCUCUCGCAGAGCCGCGACCCCCGGGCCCUGUUGGCGGCCCUGUGCCGCGGGGAGGCGUCCGCGGAGCGCGUGGAGACGCUGCGCUUCCUCCUGCAGCGGCUGGAGGACGAGGCGGCGCGCGGCGGCGGGGGCGCAGGCGCGCUCCCGGAGGCGGCGCGCGAGGUGGCCGCGGGGUACCUCGUGCCGCUGCUGCGGUGCUGGCGCGGGCCUGGCGUGGCGACCCGCGGCGGCCGGACCCCGGGCUGCCGCGCGCGCCGCCUCCGCGCGCGGUGCUGAGGCGCGGGCGCGGCCCUGCGCUCGUGCGCCCGCCUGGCCGGCCCGCAGCUGGCGGCCUCGCUGGCCGAGGAGGCGCUGCGUGACCUGCUCGCCGCGGGGCGCGCGCCGGGCGCCGAGGCGGCCGUGGAGGUGCUGGCGGCCGUCGGGCCCUGCCUGCGGCCCCGCGAGGACGCGCCGCUGCUCGAGCGGGUGGCGCAGGCUGCCGUCGCCCUGGUGCUGUGCGGGGACGGGGAUGAGGCCGGGCCCGCCGAGGACGCGGUGGCGCUGGUGGCCGCGCGGCUGCUGCCCGCGCUGGGCCAGUGCGGCGGGGCGGCGCUGCGGGCCGUGUGGGGAGGGCUGGCCUCGCCGGGGGCGCCCUGGGCGCCGGGCCGCGUCGGGCUGAAGCUGCUGGUCCUGAGCGCCCUGGCGGAGAAGCUGCUGCCCGAGCCCGGCGCGGACCGCGCCCCCCGCGCGCUGGAGGCGGGCCCCGACGCCCGGCGAUGCUGGCGCUUCUGGAGGACCGUGCAGGCGGGGCUGGGCCAGGCCGAGGACGCCCUGACGCGCAAGCGAGCCCGCUACCUGCUGCAGAGGGCGGUGGAGGUGUCGGCGGAGCUGGGGUCCGACUGCACCUGCGGCCCCCAGGAAGGAAACGGCCCAAGUCUGUUUUGGUGGUCUGAGAAGAAGAAAGAUGAACUUCUAAAAUUUUGGGAAAAUUAUAUCUUAAUUAUGGAAACUCUAGAAGGAAAUCAGAUACAUGUCAUAAAGCCAGUCUUACCAAAGCUGAACAAUCUGUUUGAAUAUGCAGUGUCAGAGGAAAAUGGAUGUUGGCUCUUUCAUCCAUCCUGGCAUAUGUGUAUUUAUAAAAGAAUGUUUGAAAGUGAAAAUAAAAUCCUGACCAAAGAAGGUGUUAUCCAUUUUUUGGAGCUGUAUGAAACGAAGUUCCUUCCAUUUUCACUAGAAUUUUCUGAGUUUAUUAUUGGACCAUUAAUGGAUGCACUUUCAGAGUGCUCUCUGUAUAGCAGGUCCCCAGGACAGCUGAUAGGAAGUGGUUCUCCAUUGGGAUUGAAAUUACAGAAGUUUUUAGUCACUUAUAUUUCUCUUCUUCCGGAAGACAUAAAGAGUAGUUUCCUGUUAAAGUUUAUUAAGAAGAUGACAAGUAGAAAUUGGUGUGCUAUUCCCAUUUUGUUUUUAUCAAAGGCUUUGGCAAAUGUCCCAAGAUCUAAGGUCCUGGGUAUAGAAGGGCUUCUUGCUCUCAGGGAUGUUAUUCACUGCACAAUGAUCACACAUCAGAUUCUAUUGAGAGGGGCAGCUCAAUGCUAUCUUCUUCAAACAGCUAUGAAUUUGCUGGAUGUGGAGAAGGUGUCACUUUCCGAUGUCUCAACUUUUCUCAUGUCUCUGAGACAAGAAGAAUCCUUAGGACGAGGAACUUCACUGUGGACAGAGCUCUGUGACUGGUUGGGCGUUAAUGAAAGCUGUUUUAAGCAAUGCCCAACUUGUCGUCCCAUUGGACUUCAUGAGACAUCUUUGAAUGCUUAUGUGAAGACCCUAGUUCAAGAGUAUGUUAAGUCGCCUUCUUGGGAAACAGGAGAAAGCUGCUUGAUGCCGGAUUGGUUCGAAGCCAAGCUAGUUGCUCUGAUGAUCUUGCUGGCUGUGGAUGUGGAAGGAAUGAAGACUCAAUAUGGUGAAAAACGGAGAGCAGAGAAUAUAUUGAGGAUAUUCUUAGAUCCUCUUCUGGAUGCCCUUAUGAAGUUUGGUACAAAUGCCUACAUGCCCUUGCUGAAAACUGACAGAUGCCUCCAGUUGCUGUUGAAGUUGUUGCACACUUCCAUGUUGAAAGGUUCCAGUACCCAAGAUGAUGAGUGUUUACUGUCUUCGAACUUUGUCAUGUCUAUACGAGAUGGUUUCUGAUUUAUUCUCAGGAGAUUCACUAUGAAUGAGCUAAGUAGUAUUUCAGAUCUGGACCGCUGCCAUUUGUACCUGACGGUGUUAACUGAGCUUAUAAAUCUCCAUUUGAAGGUUGGGUGGAAAAGAGGUAACCCCAUUUGGAGAGUUAUUUCUCUGUUGAAAAAUGCAUCUAUUCGGCAUCUUCAAGAGAUGGACAGUGGACAGGAGCCAACUCUGGGGAGUCAGAUUCAGAGAGUGGUCAGCAUGGCUGCCUUGGCCAUGGUGUGUGAGGCCAUUGACCAGAAGCCUGAACUACAGCUGGAUUCUCUCAACGCCGGCCCCAUGGAGAAGUUCCUUUCCUCUCUCCAGCUCAAUCAGACGCUGCAGAAGCCUCAGAUAGAGGAGCAGAGCAGGUUUUUUGAAGAAUCAUCAUCUUCCCAAGGAUGGGGGAAAAUAGUUGCACAGUAUAUCCAUGAUCAGUGGGUGUGCCUCUCCUUCCUGUUGAAAAAAUACCACACCCUGAUACCAGCCACAGAGAGUGAAAUUCUGGAACCCUUUCUGCCUGCUGUUCAAAUGCCAGUAAGAACUUUGCAGUCUGCACUAGAAGCCCUUACAAUUCUCCCUUCUGAUCAAGUUCUGCCAGUGUUCCAUUGCAUGAAAAUUUUGGUUCCCAAGCUUUUGAACUCCUCUGAAUCACUCUGCAUAGAGUCUUUUGACAUGGCUUGGAAAAUUAUAUCAUCUUUAAGCAACACUCAGCUGAUAUUCUGGCCUAAUUUAAAAGCUUUUGUUCAGUUUGUUUUUGAUAACAGAGUUCUCACCAUUGCUGCAAAAAUCAAGGGCCAGGCAUAUUUCAAAAUAAAAGAGAUUAUGUACAAGAUAAUUGAAAUGUCUGCUGUAAAAAGUGGAGUCUUCAAUACACUGAUAAGUUACUGCUGCCAAUCUUGGAUAGUGUCUGCUUCAAAUGUGUCCCAAGGGUCUUUAUCAAGUGCUAAAAAUUAUAGCGAACUUAUCCUUGAGGCUUGUAUAUUUGGAACUGUGUUUAGGCGUGAUCAAAGACUCAUUCAGGAUGUACAGACCUUCAUAGAAAAUCUUGGACGUGACUGUGCAGCAAAUGCCGUUUUGGAAAAUACUAAAAGAGAAGACCAUUAUGUGAGAAUUUGUGCUAUCAAAUUUCUGUGUUUAUUAGAUGGCUCAAAUAUGUCCCAUAAGUUGUUUAUGGAGGAUCUUGCAAUCAAGCUAUUAGAUAAAGAUGAAUUGGUGUCCAAGUCCAAAAUUAGCUACUAUGUGAAUUCUCUACAACACAGAGUGAAAAACCGAAUAUGGCAGACUCUGCUUGUACUUUUCCCCAGAUUUGAUCAGAACUUUGUGACUGGAAUUAUUGACAGGAUUUUCCAGGCUGGUUUCAUCAAUAAUCAAGCAUCUGUAAAAUAUUUUAUAGAAUGGAUUAUUAUAUUGAUUCUUCAUAAAUUCCCUCAAUUUCUUCCAAAGUUCUGGGAUUGUUUUUCUUAUGGCGAAGAAAACCUUAAAACAAGUAUUUGUACUUUUUUAUCAGUUUUGUCACAUUUGGACAUCAUUACUGAAAAUAUUCCAGAAAAGAAACUAAUUCUGAAGCGAGCACUUGUUAUUGUACUGCAGUGGUGUUUCAAUCACAAUUUCAGUGUUCGACUGUAUGCUUUAGUUGCUCUUAAGAAAAUCUGGAACAUUUGUAAAACAUUACGCAUUGAAGAAUUUGAUGCCUUGACUUCUGUUAUUGAAUCCAGUCUCCAUCAAGUGGAGAGCAUGCACGGAGCAGGAGAGAUUCAGAUUCAUUUACAUAUGGGGUUGUUUUCUUUGUCCCUCCCAGGUUCUGACUCGGUGGAAGCAGAUAGCCAGUCGGAGUGGAGCAACAUUCAGAGGAAGGUCAUCCCCUGGAAGAACAAGGAUCCAGAGUCAGACCUGGAGCUCAUGUUUCAGGAUCGUGCUGCCAAACUUGGAAAGUCGAUUAAUAGAUUGAUUGUAGUGGCCUCACUCAUUGAUAAACCAACCAAUUUAGGAGGACUGUGCAGGACCUGUGAGAUAUUUGGGGCCUCCGUGCUCGUUGUUGGCAAUCUUCAGUGUGUCAAGGACAGACAGUUUCAGCACCUCAGUGUCUCGGCAGAACAGUGGCUUCCUUUAGAGGAGGUAAAACCACCUCAGCUAACUGAUUAUCUGCAACAGAAAAAAACAGAAGGUUAUACCAUCAUUGGAGUGGAACAGACUGCCAAAAGUGUAGACCUAACCCAGUAUUGCUUUCCUGAGAAAUCUCUACUGUUGUUGGGAAAUGAACGUGAAGGAAUUCCACCAGAUCUGAUCCAGCAGCUGGAUGUUUGCGUGGAAAUUCCUCAACAGGGCAUCAUCCGCUCGCUGAACGUCCACGUGAGCGGGGCUCUGCUGGUCUGGGAGUACACCAGACAACAGCUGCUCGGGCGUGGGGAGACCACGUCACGAAGUCUGUGCCUUAUCUGAGCUCAACUGCCAGUGCUGUGGAAACGUUUUUUUAAAAAAAAACUGUUUGGAUUCAUGAAAUAGAUUCUGAAAUUUACUAGGAUAAUUUACGUUUCUUUUUUUCUUGCAAUUUAAUGCCAAAAGUCUUUCAUGUGCCUUAAAUCCAUUAGUAUAUAUUGUCCCCUUUAAUAAACACUUUGAACUAAAA